AAGCAGAGGGAAGGUCACCAUCGUCCUGCAGGCAGCUUCCAUCCUCCUCUCCCCGACAUCAGCAUUCAUCACUCUCAUCACUAUCCAGUUUCAUUUCCAUUUGCCUCCGUUUCACGCUGAAUGUUUCCUUUUUAUUUUAAAAAAGGAUCUGUUUGGAUUAGGACAGCAGUUUUAUGAUGCAGUUUGUUGACGUGUAGCGCUAUUGCUCGAGGAGGAGACGUUAUUUCAUCAGCUUUUCUCCGUGCCAAACUAUGAGGCUCUGAUCUGCCGCUGAACCCAAGGUUUCCUUGAGCUACAAAGAAGAUGUCCACCAUGGUGUAUCCACGGGAGGAGAAGCUCGAGAAGCUUUCUCAGGAGGAGAUCAUCUCUAACACAAAGCUGGUGAUCCAGGGUCUGGAGGCGCUGAAGAACGAGCACAACUCCAUCCUCCACAGCCUCCUGGAGACCAUCAAGUGCCUAAAGAAAGAUGAAGAGGCCAACCUGGUGCAUGAGAAGUCCAAUCUGCUCCGCAAGUCAGUGGAGAUGAUUGAACUGGGCCUGGGAGAAGCACAGGUGAUGAUGGCUCUGUCCAACCACCUGAAUGCGGUGGAGUCUGAGAAGCAGAAGCUGCGUGCCCAGGUGAGGAGGCUUUGCCAGGAAAACCAGUGGUUGCGAGACGAGCUGGCCAACACCCAGCAGAAGCUUCAGAAGAGCGAGCAGAACGUGGCCCAGCUGGAGGAGGAGAAAAAGCACCUGGAGUUCAUGAACCAGCUCAAAAAAUAUGAUGAAGAUGUCUCACCCACUCAGGAGGAGAAGGACAGAGAAACACCGAAGGACUCACUGGAUGACCUUUUCCCCAAUGACGAGGAGGAGCAUGGCCCAGGAAUGCAGCACCAACACAACAGUGCAGCUGUGGCUGCAGCCCAGCAGGGAGGCUACGAGAUCCCAGCCCGUCUGAGAACCCUGCACAACCUGGUGAUCCAGUAUGCCUCUCAGGGCAGGUACGAGGUGGCCGUGCCCCUCUGCAAGCAAGCUUUGGAGGACCUGGAGAAGACCUCUGGACAUGACCACCCUGAUGUGGCCACCAUGCUUAACAUUUUGGCCUUGGUCUAUAGGGACCAGAACAAAUACAAAGAAGCAGCACAUCUGCUCAAUGAUGCCCUAUCCAUCCGUGAGAAAACCCUGGGCAAAGACCAUCCUGCUGUCGCUGCCACGCUGAACAACUUGGCUGUGCUGUAUGGAAAGAGGGGGAAGUACAAGGAGGCUGAGCCGCUGUGUAAGAGGGCUCUGGAGAUCAGAGAAAAGGUGCUGGGGAAGGACCACCCAGAUGUGGCCAAGCAGCUGAACAACCUGGCCCUGCUCUGUCAGAACCAGGGCAAAUAUGAGGAGGUGGAAUAUUACUACUGCCGUGCUCUGGAGAUCUACGAGUGCAGGCUGGGCCCAGAUGAUCCCAAUGUGGCCAAAACCAAGAACAACCUGGCAUCCUGUUUCCUUAAACAGGGGAAAUACAAGGAGGCUGAGAUUCUGUACAAAGAGAUUCUGACUCGUGCUCAUGAGAAAGAGUUUGGAUCUGUUGAUGCUGAGAACAAGCCCAUCUGGAUGCAUGCAGAGGAAAGAGAGGAGAUGAGCAAGGGCAAGCACAGAGACAACACUCCAUACGGCGAGUACGGUGGCUGGUACAAGGCCUGCAAAGUCAACAGCCCUACAGUGAACACCACCUUGAGGAACCUUGGGGCUCUGUACCGCCGACAAGGCAAGCUGGAGGCUGCUGAGACCCUGGAGGAGUGCGCCGUGAGGUCUCGCAAGCAGGGCAUCGACCCCAUCCACCAGACACGUGUGGUGGAGAUCCUGAAAGAUACAGAGGGCGACAGGCGGAGGAGCAGGGACAGCCUGACCAGCGUUAAGUAUGAGAGCGGCUCUGAGACCGGCGAGGAAGUGAGUAUGGGCGUGGAGUGGAAUGGGGCCUAAGCCAUCAAGAUUAUUCCUCCAUCCUUCUCUCCUUCCCCAACACAAUAGCAAAUGGAUGUGUGUUGUCGUUCCCUCUGGCCUUCUCUGUCCCAGCAAACCAACAGCUCCUCUACCAUUCCUGGUGCCCCCUGCAGCAGAGACUCAGAAAGCCCCUUCCUGGUUGUCACCUCUGUCCCCUGUUCAACUGACAACUGCUGGGACGUUUGGUCUUCUCAUCUCUGCUCUGUUUUUUCCUCUCUCUUUCUUUCACCCUCUCUCUGUGAUUUCCUCUCACUAACCUAUGUCGUCCCCUAUGUAGGAUGUCAACUCUUUCUCUCAUUUAACAUUAAAAAAAACAGUCAUAGUGUGUGUAAUCUUUCCCUGUGAAGAAGUCACUUGCACAUUUUUCCUCUCUUCAACACCCAUUUGUAAUUUGUCAUGGGGCAUAGUAGAUUUAUUUGGCUCGUUAGAAGAGCAGGAGAGUAAUUUAUUGGAAGAAGGCAAAACAGAAAUGCUAGCAUCACCUUUGAUAGCAGCCUCGGCUCCAGACAUCACUCCAACCCAUAGUCAGAUAAAAAGCUACAAUCACUAUAGAAUCAGUGUGUGCAAAAUAAUUACUUUCCAGUUACUCUGCUUUGGUCUCACUCAGAAUUUGUUUGUUGACUUGAGCACUAUUAGCCACCAAGUGAAAGUUGACCUCAAAGCUAGCUUCCAACCUGGUGCCUGUAUUUAGCCAUGGUAGUAUCUUUUGUUUUGUUCAUUUUUUUUGGCCAUUUUUUUUGUUUGUUUAUUUAAUGUUUUUAACUAAUGCCUGCGAUCAAAUGCUAAAAACAGUUUUAAAAUGAAUGGUACUGUAUAGUUUAACAUGCUAGUUAAAUUUCUGCAGCCAAGUUGGUGAUAAAAGAGAAGGGAGUGUUGCCAUGUUUUGUUUUUAUAGAUAUAUUUCCUAUUAAUUUUUGUUUUGCACAAUAUUGUUUACAUUUUUUUUAAAUACUUUUGAUUUUUUUGUGGCUGAGUAUAAAGGUAGUAGUAUGUCAACAAUGCCAUUCUGUUGCCUGUUGUGAAAGAUCAGAAAGGCCAACAUGAGAUAGAGUAAAGCUGACAGCAAAUUGGUCAGAUCACAGCAAGCUCUUGUUGCCAUGGUAAUUUAUUUCCAAGUUGCUCUUACUGAGUUCAGUGUCCUUGGUUUGAUAGAGCGUCCACAAAGGCUCUGUGCUGCCACAGUAUGUACACAGUAGCUCACAUUUACAAAGGGAAUUGGCAGCACUGGCUGCUGCUGUAAAGCUAAUAUUACAGCAGAGACCAACUGGAGCAUCCAGCACAAAUACUCCCCACCUGAGAGAUUGCUUGAUAAUAAUAGGUUUUUAAAAAAUGGACGUAAAUGCCUAGAAUUGCCUUGUCCAGUUGGUGCAGGAGUAGAAGCUAGCAUUAUAACUCAGCAGAAGUCUGGAUUCCCCAGUAGUUUUCGUGUGUAUUUGUGUAUGUUUCGGUGGUACAGUCGCAGUGCCCACUCUGGCUAUGGAUACUGUAUUUUGAACACAAAGCUUAAUGGAGUGUGUUGCCUUUUUUCUUACACAGCUGUUUGCAAUUGUCACUUUGGUGAAUCAUGGUUUUUAGACACCAAAAGUACAGUGCGAGUUUUUCCUCAAGAUCAACAUGUUAUUUCAGAUGUUUAACUAACUGAAUGUAAAUGACUUUAACAUCUUGGAAAUGUAAUUGUAGGCUAUAUUUAUAGAUUCGACAAGUGCAUUCACUAUACGGCUUUUCAGUAUGCUACUUGCCUUGAUUCUUCAUUCCUUCCAACGAGUACACCUAUACUUCUAAUGCAACUCUGAACAAAAGAAUCGACUAUGUUCAUCACAUAAUUAUGGCAAUAUUGUUGUGUUAGUGGAAUGCUUAUUUAUUGAACUGUCUGUUCUUGACAUAUAUAGUGUGACUUCAGUUUCUUAAAGUGGAAGAACAUAAAUGGUAAGGUCUAUAGACACUAUCUUAGUAAGUAGGACUGCAUUAUAUUUACCAUUCUGCAUUGUGAAGAUUAUUGCAUCAACACUUGUUGGUAUUCUCAAAUAAAGUUUUUCAUUUGUGAA